AUGAGGGAGGUCGCCAUAACGUUAAUAUAUCAACCGCCGAGGCUCGAUGCAACUCGCGGGGAUUAUGUGAUCAGCAUGCUGGCGGUGCGGUGCCUGGUGUUUGCUGCAGUGGGCGCAAGGCUUUCCGUGACAGGCGGUAGCAGUAGUUCGUCGCCAAAGGAUGCCAGCGUGUGGGAUUGGUUUUUUCCGAUGGAGCAGCAGGGAGAGAGUCAAGUUGUGGCCGACGAAGUCACCCACCCUCAGCGGCUACUGCAGCAGAGAGACUCGAGUAAAGAAACGACGCACGGCCACCUAGGCACGCGGGUCAGAAACAGCACGGGAGAGGGAACGCCUAUUCAUCUGGCCCGGAGUAGUUUCCAGAUUGAGGUGUUUGGAAGAACAUUCAUCUUGGACUUAGAAUUAAACCAUCACUUGCUAUCCUCUGAUUACGUGGAGCGACACUUUGACCAAGAUGGGAAACCCUCGGAGUCAGCAGGAGGAGAGCACUGUUACUACCAUGGCACUGUGAGAGGGGUUCCUGGUUCCUGGGUAGCUCUGUCAACAUGUCACGGCCUCUGUGGCAUGUUUUCAGAUUGCCAGUAUUCAUAUGGGAUUGAGCCUGUUCUCAAUUCAAGUGACCAGCAGGUCGGUGCUCAUCUGGUCCGUAAGAUGCUUGAUGUCAAACUGCCAACUUCUUCUUCAGACAUCCAUAUAAACGAUGAUGAGCACCAGGAUGAAGAGCUCGAUUCUCCAAAGAGACCUGAACACACAGAGGGUCUGAGACGCUCAAAGAGACGGGUUUGGAGGCCCAGAGUACAGACUGAAACUAAGUACAUUGAGCUUAUGGUUAUCAACGACUAUGAAAUGUUUGUCCAGUUGCGGAAAUCUACGACUCAGACGAAGAACUUUGCCAAGGCAGUAGUUAAUAUGGCUGAUGCGAUCUACAAGGAGCAGCUCAACACUCGUAUUGUCCUGGUCGCCAUGGAGACGUGGUCGUCGGAAAAUCCAAUUUCCGUGGUGCCGGACCCGCUGACGACACUGCAGAACUUUAUGAAGUACCGCAAGGAGAACAUCAAGGAACCUUGCGACGUUGUCCACCUGUUCUCGGGAAGCACCUUCCAGAGUAGCCGCAGUGGAACAGCAUACACUGGAGGAAUUUGUUCCAUCACUAGAGGAGGAGGCAUAAAUGAGUAUGGAAAUGUGGGAGCCAUGGCGACCACUUUGUGUCAGAGUUUGGGUCAGAACAUCGGUAUGAGAUGGAACAACAUCCGCAAUGCUGCAGGAGACUGUCGGUGCCCUGAUACUUGGCUCGGUUGUAUCAUGGAAGACACAGGGUACUACCUCCCACGUAAGUUCUCUCGCUGUAGCGUUGAUGAGUACAUCCAAUUCCUGCUCCAGGGGGGAGGAAGCUGCCUCUUCAACAAACCCAACAAGCUUUUAGACCCUCCUGAGUGUGGGAAUGGGUUUGUGGAAACGGGAGAGGAGUGUGACUGCGGCUCCCAGGUGGAGUGUGCGCGCAGUGGUGGGGCCUGCUGUAAGAAGUGUACCCUCACACACGACGCGAUGUGCAGCAACGGACUGUGCUGUCGGGAGUGCAGGUAUGAGCUAAGGGGCGUGGUUUGCAGGGAGGCUGUUAAUGACUGUGAUAUCCAGGAGACCUGCACUGGAGAUUCCAGCCAGUGUCCCCACAAUGUUCACAAAUUGGAUGGAUACAUGUGUGACAGCAAUCAGGGCCGCUGUUACAGCGGGCGUUGUCGGACGCUGGAUGGUCAGUGCAGAGGACUGUGGGGCUACAACGCUGCGGAUCGGUUCUGCUAUGAGAAGCUGAACGCUGAAGGCACAGAGAAAGGAAACUGUGGUCGUAGGCCUGGAGGUCAAGGCUGGCUACAGUGCAACAAACCGGACGUGUUGUGUGGAUUUCUGUUCUGUUCUAACAUGACGGCAAAACCCAAAUUUGGGGACUUACAGGGAGAGGUUACCAGUCAGACUCUUUACCACCAGAAUAAGUACCUGGACUGCCGAGGUGGCCACGCUGUGUUAGAGGACGGCUCAGAUCUGGGUUAUGUGGAGGAUGGAACACCCUGUGGUCCUCAUAUGAUGUGUCUUGAGCGACGCUGUCUGCCACUAAGCUCCUUCAACCUCAGUACCUGCCCCGGAUCCAACUACGGAAGGACAUGUUUUGACCAUGGGACAUGCAGUAAUGAGGUGAAAUGCAUUUGUGACAGGGACUACACAGGGAAAGACUGUAGCGUAUUUGACCCUAUUCCUGACCCCACCCCGCCCCCGGGCCCAGAGAAGAAAGGUCCAAGUGGUACCAAUAUUAUCAUAGGCUCCAUUGCGGGGGCUAUUCUCCUGGCAGCUAUAGUCCUGGGGGGCACAGGCUGGGGAUUUAAAAAUAUCCGAAGAGGAAGGUAUGACUCCGCCUCUAACGGGCCAGAGUGA